AUGAGCACCUCAACUUCGAACCACCUCAACCCCAACGCCUACGCCUUCUCCCCCGAGACCGUUCAAUACCGCCUACAACUCUCCUACCUCCUCGCCCCCCUCUCCAAAGGCCAAUUCGCAACCCAACCCCAUUUGAUCGAUUCCCAAACAAUCACUACCACCCCAGACUCUUCGAACACGAAACUCACAUGUCCAGCUUGUCAAGCGACUUUGAUCGUAGGCGUUAAUGCGACCGUUAGAACUCAUCGGAACGGGUUGUGGCGGAGGUGUUUGGGAUGUAGGAGGGUUUCGAAGGAAGAGGGAGGGGAGGGGAAGGGGAGGGGUAAGGAAAGGUUUCGGAGUGUUAAGCAGAGGCAUAAGAUGGAGAAAGCAGCGGUCUUGGAAUCGGGAUCGGGAUCGCAGAAUGGUACCAAGUCGAUCGAAGGCACGAGUUCUCGCAAGCUCACGAAGGCCGUAUCGGACUUGGCCAGGACGAGGGUCCCGGGUGAUGCGAUGCAAGGCCUCGAAUCUACUACAGCAACCAGUCAAACUGGCCUUUCGAGAGCCGUACCAAUCUCUGCGCCCUCCUCGGUCCCUUCUCCCACCCCUUCCAAACCAAACUUCACUUCCAAACCCGUCGCACUCAACUCCGAACCUCGAGUAAGACCAUCAUCCCAUACCAAAUCCACCACCACCACUCACCAAAAUCAAGUCAAAAGCACCAACAAACGAUCCAAGACGACCACCAGUGGUCUAGCCGAACUAUUGGCCGCGAAGAAACUCGAACGCGAAAGGGCGAACCAAGCGGGCGGAACAAGUGGCGGGAUGGGCUUGCAACAGUUUUUACAGUCCAUCUGA